AUGUUUCGGACUCAGUUGUAUCGUUGUACCUAUUCCCUCGAGGCUGCAGCACUAACUAACUCUAGCUCGUCUCCACGAGAUCAUACACUGGAAACCCAAACACCCAACACAGAGUGUCUACGGAAAUCACUGCUCAUGCCUGGUUCAUUCUCUGUCUGA